AACACAACGCAACUGAUAUUUGGACCAAACAGAACAGAAAAUUUGUGGUGUCCUGAGAUUUUGAUACGAAGCACGAAAAAAUGUCUUCUUGUUGGUGCAUUAAACCUUUCAAUUUGCACCCAAUAAUUCCAUCAUCAUCAUCAUCAUCAUCGCACUCCCACCUUCGAGGAACACUGUUUCUGCAACCUUCUCCUCCUCUUGCUUUGACUCAAAACAACAACAAGAAGCUCCACUUUCAGUUCCACCCUAAACAACACAAACGCGCUUCCACAAUUGUUCGGUGCUCCUCUGGAUUGACUCCUCAAUUGAAGUCUACAUUGGAUAAAGUUGUUACUUCAAAUAAGGUAGUUCUGUUUAUGAAGGGAACUAAGGAUUUUCCGCAGUGCGGAUUCUCAAACACAGUGGUGCAGAUAUUGAAGUCUCUGAACGUGCCUUUUGAGACUAUAAACAUACUGGAAAAUGAGUUGCUGCGCCAAGGACUGAAGGAGUAUUCGAGUUGGCCAACCUUUCCUCAACUCUACAUAGAUGGAGAGUUUUUUGGUGGCUGUGAUAUCACUGUUGAAGCAUAUCAAAAAGGGGAAUUGCAGGAGCUGUUGGAGAAGGCAAUGCUAUCAUGAAUUGAAGCCCUCAUUAGCCAAUGACAUGUGGAGUGAAUGAAUGAUGGAUGAGGACUUACCAAGUUAUUAAUGCUCCCAAGUUUACACUGUGUGUUGGUAAUAGUGGAUAAAAUACAUCUUUUGGUACAUUUUGUGACCAAAUUUCCUGUUUUAAGUACAAAUUGUAGAAUUCAAUUGAUGAGAUCACAUUAGACUAUGUAUUCAUAGUAAUAAUAAAAUUUUAGCUUUGUUGACA